GAUAACGCACCCUACCAUAGUGUUCAAAUAAAUAAGCCGCCAACAAUGAAUAAUCGUAAGGAGGUGAUACGAUCUUGGUUAGAAUCAAACAACAUUAGUACGACAGAUGACAUGCGGAAGGCCGAGUUGUUAAUGUUAGUAAAGAACAUUUCUCACAGCAAGACAUAUUAUGUAGACGAACUACUCAAACAACAUCAACACACCGUUGUACGAUUGCCACCAUAUCACUGUGAGCUUAAUCCAAUCGAGCUAAUUUGGAGUACUAUGAAGAGGAAAGUAGCAAUGAAUAAUGUCGGGCAAAGUAAUAGUAAUAUUGUUCAAUUGGUAAAAAAUGCUUGUGCUGAAAUUACGCAACAGGAAUGGGAAAAGCAUUGCAUUCAUGUGAAACAUAUUGCAGAACAAAUGUGGGAAGCUGAUUAUUUAACAGAGGAAUUUAUUGAGAGCGUAGAAUUUGUUGUGAACACCGGGAGUUCUGAUGAGGAUGAGUUGUCAAGUGAUGAUAAUGAAUGAAAAAAGUUAAAGGUUGUGUGUUAAUUUAGUCAAUGUGAGUGUUAUUAAUUUCAAUAUGAUUGUU